ACUUGUAGUGAGGCCUCUUUUGGAAUUUUCAAAGGAAGAUAUGUACAAGAUCUGCCAUGGGGUAAGUGAGGAUUGGGUGGAAGACCCUACAAAUCAAAGCCCACUAUUCACACGAAAUAGGAUUAGAAUGGCACUUAGUGAUUUGUCAUCAACAUGGAUAUGCUGUUAUUGAUCUAAUGAACCUUUGUCCUUCAAAAAUUGAGGAUUUAUGCUUGGCUAAGUUUCUUUUGGUAGUCAUCCAGUUUAUCUCUCAAAGGCAGAAGCAAAUCAGAGGUAGUGCUUUGAAAUUGCUGAUGGAGUACAUUCGAACAUUUCCUUCCAAGAACUCUCUUACAGCGGCAGGUUGUUACCUUUGCCCCGAUCCGGGUUCCAGAGGGUCCAGAAUCCUGGUUUGCUGUUCUGUUGAUUGUAAUGCACCCAUAAAGUUGGAAUUUUUCGAGUCAUGCUCUCAUGGAGGAAAGGAGCAUGGUGCUACCAUUGAGUUGGGAAAAAUUAUAGAGGCCAAAAAAUCAUAUGCAAAUAAUGUGGUUCCAGAUGCAUCAGAUGUCCACUUUUUGGAUGUGAAUCCCGAGUUUGUUUUAAUAGAAGCCAAAAGACUGAACAUAAUCAGUGAGUCAACUUAUAAGAGCAUUCUUGCAUUGCAAAAGGAAGAAACUGAUCGCUUCAGGUCCAAAUCUGAGGUCAUUGCUAAUUCUGGAUCGACGAAUGAAGCCGAAAGUUUUAGUACUUCUGUAAAAUCUCUUCGGCAAAGGCAGUUCUGUUACUUCAUGGAUCGAUUCAUCCUCACAUGGAAGUUAGACGAUAAAUUUGACGGAGAUUCACUUUCUGACAUAGUUGAUUAUGGUGUUGAUUUGGGUGGGGAAAACUGGAACUUUUGUUUCACUUCAUGCGUAAUUGGACCUAAUAAGGUUCUUGAAGUGCGGCACAUGGUUGAAUCUGAUUGGCUGUAUUUAGCGGAGGAGCCUGCCUGUUCUCGUUAAUCAACAAGGACAGUUAGCAAGCAUUCCAUGUGUCAAUUUCAAGCAUUGCCCUUGCUUGAUGGUGGAUGUGGAAUUUAAACCAAAAAUUCCACUUGGGGGAGGUCAUAGCUCAUUCAUAUAACAAAAUAGUGACCACGACUUUUUGAAAUUAAUGUUGGUUAAUCCAUCUUUGGUCCCUGGAAAUUUCAAGUAGACAAAAGGGGAAUGUCAGAUUGCAAUUUUGAAGAUGUGGUCAUGGAAUCACUUCAAUCUGACUCUUACCAAAAGUUAAGGGGAUGCAUGAUCUUUGGCUAAUAGAUAUGGUACUAUCCAAACUCCAAAGGAUGCACGCCAAUUAUCUGGUACAGAAUAUGGAGAUGAUCAGAAUAUUCCAAGUACCUUAUAGUCUUAGAGUUGACUCAGUUUUCACAUUUUCAAGCAUCACACAACCACACAAACUUGGUAAAGUGGGGAGUGAAUAUUGUUGCAGAAUAUGGGGUUUUGUUGUAUCCAAGCUCUAUUAAAUGGGGAAAGUACAUGCUUAGAUUGUGGCUGUUUUGUUCCUUAUGAAAAUGAUGAGGAGAUAAACCAGCUCCCACUUCUGUCCUUUUGUGAAGGGCUAAGCUUUUGCAUCUUUGAUGGGACCUACUGGAAAUUGUGGAGCAUCUCUUCUAUAAAACCUUAUUGUAUAUUUACCUAAAAUUUGACCAUUUGACAUUUAGAUUAAGUUUGUAAUUAUAUAUUACUGUAUGAGUUUAAAUUAUCAAAAAGCUUCUCGCAAUUAGAAAGAAACUCUAAAGCCCAUAUUCUUGUAUUUAG